AUGCCCAUCACUCAGUUUCAGCUACUUAAAGUUUGUACCUGCUUGGCAAUGGUAUUGUCAUUCCUAAAGAGAUUAAAGUGUAGGUCUGGCAGAGGAAAAAUUUUAAGUGGAGACCAAAUAACUUUGCCAACUACAGUUGAUUAUUCUUCAGUUCCAAAGCAUAUAGAUAUGGAGGAGUGGACGUCCUGGGAUGAAGAUGCACCCACAAGUGUAAAGACUGAAGGAGGGAAUGGCAAUGUGGCAUCACAACAAAACACUUUGGAACAACUGGAACCUGACUCUUUUAAGGACAUGACACCAACUAUAAGGAAAAAUCAGAAAAUUGUCAUUAAGAAGAGAGAACCUUUAAAUUUUGGCAUCGCCAAUGGUAGCACAUGUUUCUUCAGUAGACUAACAGCUCUUCAUCAGUCGUCUGAAUUAGGUGACUUACACACUUGGCAAGAAACUACUAAUGCAUGA